CUCUCUCUCUCUCUCUCUCUACCCCUCUGUGGGUGUGUGCUUGUGUGCAUUUUUGUGUAAUUUGAACCAGGAAAGGAGAUGAAUCUGCUGUUGCUGCUAAUACCCAUUUGGCUUUUUAGCUACACUUCGUUUGCAGCUCCAAUGGAUGUCAGACCAGACUCUCCUCUUUCUUCCAUCGGUGACCCAGUUCUUCCCACUGAGAAAGAGCCCCUUUCUCAAACUUCUUCAGACAUGGAAGCCCAUUCUCCAGGAAUGCCAGAGGUCAGAAUAGUGCACCACCAGGAUUUGAACAAGAAAAUUUUAAUUGCUCUAAUUGUCUCUUCAGCUCUUCUUGGUGGAAUUCUGUUGUUUCUCUCUUGUUUCUGGAUCUACAGACUGAAAAAUUCGAAGAAAUCUAAUGCACAAAGCCAAGAGAGCUUGGAUGCUUCAAAAGGUCUCUCAUUGGGUCCAAUAUUGGGUAAAUUCACUGCUUUGAGAACUGCUGGUAAGAAGGGUUCAGUCGAUGCUAUUGAAUAUCAGCUUUUAGUAGCUGCAACAAACAGCUUCCAAGAAUCCAAUGUUUUGGGGGAGGGUGGAUUUGGACGUGUGUAUAAAGCUCGCUUCAAUGAUAACUUCCUUGCUGCUGUUAAAAGACUUCGUGGUCAAGGCCAGGAUACUGAAAGAGAAUUUGAGAAUGAGGUUGAUUGGCUAAGUAAAAUUCUGCAUCAGAAUAUAGUUUCCCUUUUGGGUUAUUGCAUUCAUGGCGAGUCGAGGUUUCUGAUUUAUGAAAUGAUGCACAAUGGUUCCUUGGAGUCCCAAUUGCAUGGACCUUCUCAUGGAUUAGCUUUGACUUGGCACCUCCGAAUGAAAAUUGCACUAGAUGUUGCAAGAGGACUAGAAUAUCUUCAUGAGCGAUGCAGUCCUCCUGUGAUCCAUAGAGAUAUCAAAUCAUCUAACAUUCUUUUGGAUUCCAACUUCAAUGCUAAGCUUUCUGAUUUUGGCCUUGCUAUAACUGGUGGCACUCACAACAAAAGCAACAUAAAGCUUUCAGGAACUUUGGGCUAUGUGGCUCCAGAAUAUCUUUUAGACGGUAAACUAACUGAUAAAAGUGACGUCUAUGCUUUUGGUGUUGUUCUUCUGGAGCUUUUGAUGGGAAAAAAGCCUGUGGAAAAAAUGUCCCCAUCUCAAUGCCAUUCUAUUGUCACAUGGGCCAUGCCUCAGCUGACUGACAGGUCAAAGCUCCCAAACAUCGUGGAUCCUGUUAUCAGAAGUACAAUGGAUGUCAAGCACUUAUAUCAAGUUGCAGCUGUAGCCGUGCUAUGCGUGCAACCAGAACCAAGUUACAGGCCGUUGAUAACAGAUGUCCUACACUCCUUCAUCCCACUUGUGCCUGUUGAGCUUGGAGGGUCACUAAGAGUUGCUGACUCUGUGUCCCCUGCCAGAAGCUAGAGUUAUUAUCGCUGAUAAUAUAAAUGGGCUUGGGCUUGCAUUCAAGGCAGCACUGUCAUAUUUUCUUCAUCAUUCAAAGCUGAGAUGUAUCGGAGAGCCCAGCUUCCUCUUCCCCACCCACCCCCCAAAAAACAAAAAUUAAUUGUUACCUCAAUUGCCUUUUUUGUUUGAGAAUCAGAAGCAGAAAAUUGUUGCAGAGAAAAUUUUGCUUUUGUUUGUACAGUUGUAAAUGCAGGAGAUCUUGUUUUUGACUCUUAUUUAAAAAGUAGCAUGUGCUAGUUUAGAUAUUUCGGUUUGUGUCCAUCACAUGGCUCAAUCAAACUGAGCUGUUCUGUGUGUUAUGUUACAUAGAUGUGCUACACUUGCUUAUUGAGAUAUUUAGGACUUGU